AUGUCAUCCCAAAGGACGACCAACCGUGAGAUUUCUGUUCACCAUAAAAUCAUUGUUGGCGUUGACUAUGGCACCACCUACUCAGGAGUUGCUUUCGCGACGACAAAUACGCUUAGUUGGCAAGACAUAGUUCUGGUGUCCAAGUGGCCGGGAAACCCAGACACGGCCUGGAAGACACCCUCUAUCAUCGCAUACGCAUCCGAGAAUGAAAAGUUCAAAUUCCCCCGCAACCAGUACGGCUACCAAGUGACCCAGGCCCACAAACAAUAUGCCUGGACAAAGCUACAACUUGAAGGCAGCAUUGAUCGCACAGAGCAUGAUGAUCCGCUCCUGGAACACUUGUAUGGAACCACCUUCUCCGAGUCUCCUAAUCUCCCACCGAAUAAAUCGGCAAAGGAUGUUGUGCAAGACUACCUCACCGAAAUCUACCAUUAUAGUAUGCAAUAUCUCAAACUGCGACUAGGCGCUCCAGUCGUCGAUAUCUUCCCGAUAGAGUGCUGGAUCACAAUGCCUGCGAUUUGGUCGGACCGCGCUCAGCAACUCACUCGUGAAGCUGCUCUGGGGGCCGGUUUCGGAUCACGGCCGAGGGACAAGGUCAAGAUGAUCUCCGAACCCGAGGCAGCAGCCUUGUACGCAUUGAAACCUUUUCUCACUUCUGCUGCAACGUUCCCAUUGAAAGUAGGGCAGCAUGUCUUGGUCUGUGAUUGCGGUGGAGGGACGAUAGAUCUAAUCACUUACGAAAUCGUUCGGACUGAGCCGCUGGUUCACAAGGAAAUAUGCCGCGGAUCAGGUGGAAAAUGUGGCUCUACCUUCAUUGAUCGCCGUUUUCUGGUGUGGAUGGGCAAGACCUUUGGAGAUGCGUAUUUCUCGGUCGAUAGCAAGAAACGUGGACCUGGCAGCACUUUCAUGAGAUCUUUCGACACAGCUAAGAAAGAUUUCGGACGUAAAGGUGACGAAAAAGAGCAAUACUAUGUCGAACCUAUCAUCAUGAACGUUGACAACGAGGAACUGUAUGACAAAGAAGACCAAACUGUGAAAAUUCCCCGGGAUACUAUGAAGGAAUUCUUCGAUCCCGGCGUCGACACAUGUAUCAAAUUGGUGGAGGAUCAAGCUUCGCAGUUGAAGAAAAAGACGAACACCCAAAUUGAUAGAGUCAUUCUGGUAGGUGGUUUCGGUGCCUCACCUUACCUGAAUACGAAAUUGGAAGAAUGGUGUAACCGGAGUGGAAUUGCCCACUUCACAUCGCCAGAGGACUGUCAAGCGGCCAUUGUCAAAGGAGCUGUUUUGCGAGGACUGGAAGGAGUGCGACCUAUUAGCAUCAUUGCGAAGAGACAUUACGGUUGGUGUUGGGGAGAACCAUUCAGAGAGGGAAUUGACGACGAAAACGAUGCCUACAUUGAUGAAUUCGACCAGCGCAAGUAUUGCGCGGACAGGAUGCAUUGGACAGUCAGCAAGGGACAAGAGCUGGACCGGAACUUUAAGCUCAACAGAGGCGUGUCUCAGACUCUUGGUUCGAAUGCAAAAGAGAUAGCAAGCGAAGUGUCGCUUUUCUCUUGUCGAUUGGACAACGCCCCAGAGCAUCUCAAGACUUCCGACGUGCGAUUAGAAGGGACCAUUAAGACCCGGCUGAGCCUAGAAAGGGCAUCCAGGAAGAAAGUGAGCUCCCAGUCUGGGAAGACUAUUUACCAAUUUUCUUAUCAGGUUGAGGUUGAUUUUCGGUCAGAAGAGGGCGUUUUGGCGUUCAGAUCGUUUGGAAAUGGGAUCGAAGAGGGGAUGGCAAGUAUCACCUUUGAAAGUUGGUAG